AUGAAGUCGGGUGUUUUAUUGUUAACGUUUUGUACUGUUUUUGCACAUAAUAAUGCUAAGGAAGAUCCCCCUCGGUUGAAGAGGGGUGCGGUGGGCGCCUUACAUAUAGUAACGAACCAUGCGCAGCCAAUACAUGCCGAUGUCAAGCCUGAAACCGCAGCCGACACCAAUGAUAAGGCUCCAGAAAAGGUAACAGCACCUGACGAUGGAUUCACGACGUACGAAAUUAAAUCACUUCGGAAAUCUUUGCCGUACACGUCACCUACACCUUUGGAACUAAUUAGGAGUGUCAGUAGGGUCAUCACACUCAUUGUAUUGUUUGUCUCCGCUGUAUUAGAAUUCUAUCCGACGUUCCACAGUCUAAUGUGUACAAUUGUUAGUUUUGUAAAUGGUAAAUAAAGAUACUAUAUU